GUAUAACAGGCCAGGCGGGUGAGCCAGCGAUGCUCCGGCAGCUGGCGACUCGGGGCCGGGAAGCCUUUGACGGGGCCUGCCAGGCCCGAGCCAUGGCGAAGGCAAGUCUGGCAGGUCUGUAAUCAAUGGGCGUUCCUUGCUGCGUGUGGUUCCUUUCCAGUGCCUGGCUCUGCGCCUUUAAAUCCUUCCCCCACUGUUCCCAUCUGCUGUGGUUUGAAGCAUAUUAUCCCAGAGCAGGAGGAAUCCCCCCCCCCCCGACCAUGUGCAAGCAGGGAAAGAAGCCGUGGGCUGGAUUUAGCAGCAGAUGUCAGAGGUCCCCCCUCCUUGGGAGAAAAAUCCCUGGCCUCCCAGAGGUGGAUUUCCCUGCUUAAAAUAGCCAGCCAGCCUGAUUUCGAAGAAGCGCAGUGAACAUCCAAGUUGGCUCUUUUGUUUGGCAAUAACCCCUCGGGAACGCAGGCUCUGCUCCGCAAGGACUCGGAGCUUGCACUGGCUUGGAGCUUACGAAGCUAGAAACAGGAGCUGACACCUGGUUUGAAACCAGCAAAUUGGGAUUUACAACUGUUCUGGAAAUUAGGAAACAAGGAAUCGGAGUUUACAACGGGUUUGAACCCAAGAAAUCCCAGUUGACAACUGGUCUACAAGUGGUCUGAACCCAAGCUGUCAGCGGUGGCCAUUAGUUUGUAAUUGACGAAGCGAGACUUGCGUGUUUCCAGCCCGGCUGAAGGGCCUCACAAGGCAAGAAAUCGCAACUAGUUUGAAACGUAGGACACCAGAAAUCGGCGUUCACAGCUGGCUGGAAGCGCUCAAAGCUGAAAACGGGAGUUUACAACUGAUUUUAAAUGUCUGAAGCAAGAACUGGGAGUUGCCAACCAGUUUGGAUCGUCCUUUUAAGCGGUGGGAAAUAAAUCCGAACCUGACUACAAAAAGCCAUGAAGCUGGGCUCCCGAUGAGCGAACCCUCCCUGGAGGAGAUGGGUGGGUACAACUGAUGUGAAACCUCGAAGGAGCAGAGCUGGGACCUCUCGGCUGAGGGAGAAUUUCCGAGCCAGGAAUCGGCAGCCCCACGCGCUGUGGCGGGGGAGAAGAACUCGUUCUCCGGGGCAAUGAGCGAGAUCCUCGUGGGGAGUCGGGGGAUUGACUAAAGACGACUCGGACAUUGCAUCUGGCUGGGGACGGUUUCCAGCACGGCCCACACAAAAGCAGCGCUUGGCAACCGAGGAAAACCUCUUGGGAGCUAAGAGGUCGGGGUUUGGCAAGGCCGGAGCUGGGGAAGUGGCUGCCUUUUGCCACGGCUGCAGCGCGGCCCCCCUGACCUGGAGGAACCCCUGGAUUUUUUUGACGAGGGCCGUCCGAGGCCUUGCUGCGUGGCUGAGCCUGCGUGGAUGGAAAUCCCACGUGGACUGGGUGUUUUUCCCCCCCUCCUCGCUCUGGGUUCGUGGGCGGAGAAGGGGGUAGCUGAUUUUGCAGCAAGCCAGCGGUGCAUGGGGCCCAAGUGAGCCAGGCCCCCCCAUCCCAGCCUUGGAGAAAACAGACCCCCUCCCUUCCCCAUGCCUCCAGCCCCACGCUGACGGGGGAGCAGGCGCCUGCCCACCUUCCGCUCUCUUCCCAGCCUCCGGAUAGGGAUCGGACACCCCUGGCUGAGGAUGUGGCCCGAGAUCCCCGGGGCUCGGGGGGGCCUGGGACCGGAGCUGGGGGGGGAUUGAGGCCUGGAGGGAGGGGUGCAGACAUGCAGAGGGCCAGUAUGAUCGGGAUCCCCAGCCUGGACCAAGCCGGAUCCUUCUCCCAGCAGUGCAAGGCCAUGCGGUUCUCCUAUCACCUGGAGAGCGGGGCUGGCGGGCACCGAGCUGGUGCUGUACAAAUCCCCCUGACUGAUCAGGGCCCAUCCCAUCAGGCCCCGACAGCAGGAGACAAUUCCUGCCCCAAAGACAGAGGUGGAAGGGGAAACUGAGUCACGGAGGGGUGAAAGGACUGGCCUAAGCACGGGUUUACCAGGACUGGAACAAAGACUCACGGGGGGGAGGGAGCGUCUGCGUGUGUGUCAGUCCCUCCAUGCGGACCCAGCGGGAGGGGACGAGCCUGGCUCAGGGUCGGUCUGUCUGCGGUACCCUCCUCUUGCGACACAUUUCCAGCAAAACAAAACAACCACAGUGUUAUUGUUCCCAAGGGCUCAGAUGAUUCGGGAUGCGAGAGACCCCGUGAUUGUCCAGAGGAAGGCUGGCGCCCCGGGCCAGGGCUCCCGGCUGCUGGUCAAGAGUCUGUCCCUGGAGCCGCGAAGCGAACCCUGGCGUCCGGAGAGCGCCCAGCGCCUCCGCUCAGACCCCGGGCCCCACAGCGACGGGGGGGAGCCCCGCCCCGCCCUGCCCAGGAGGGCCCUGGGCCCCAAACCACAGGUCCCUCCCAAACCAGGUCAUCUCCAGAGCACCCAUCCCCCGUGGCCUCCGGCCCCCAUCCCCCCGCCCCCCUCGCGCCCCCUCCCAGCCAACCCCCGCCUGGGCUCCCGGAGCCCCCUGACACCGCACCCCAAGGCUCAGGAUGGAGCUGGCUCCACAGCUGUCUUGACCCUCAUCGAAAAGUUUGAGAGGGACCCUGUAAUCCUGACCCUGGAGCAGCCGUCCCACACCCCCAUCCCGGACCCCCCAAGCCCUGGGGAGGCUGAUGUAACCCCCAAGUCGCUGGCUCUCUUGGGUCUGCCGGGGGGGGAGGACUCGGGGCCAGCCGGGCGGGGGGACCAGGCCCCCUGUCUGUCCCCCACGGCCCACAGCGGGAAACUGGCCAACCGGGACAGCGGCUUCGACAGCAUCAGUUCCCCAUCCCCCAGCGAGGAGCUGGGCUUCGGGGGGGACGAGGGGCCCGUGGGGGAGGGUGACGGGGGGGGCAGCCCGGGGUCCCCCCCCUGCCCAGACUCCGAGGUGGACAGCGACCUGGACGAGGGGAACGGGGACGAUGGGGUGUCGGUGCCAGGCACGGUGCCCCGCCAGGCCGGGAGACCGAACGCGCCGGAGCUCACAGCCCCCCAGAAAGCCUUCCACAUCGCCAAUGAGCUGCUGCAGACAGAGAAGGCUUACGUUGCCCGACUGCACCUGCUGGAUCAGGUGUUCUGUGCCCGUCUCCUGGAGGAAGCCCGCAGCAGAAACUCUUUCCCCGGCGACGUGGUGAUGGGGAUUUUCUCCAACAUUUGUUCCAUCUACUGUUUCCAUCAGCAGUUCCUGCUGCCGGAGCUGGAGAAGCGCAUGCAGGAAUGGGACAGGUACCCCCGCAUAGGGGACAUACUGCAGAAGCUGGCACCGUUUCUCAAGAUGUACGGGGAGUACGUCAAGAACUUCGACCGGGCCAUGGAGCUUGUCAACAUCUGGAUGGAGCGAUCCACCCACUUCAAGCUGAUUGUCCACCAGAUCCAGAUGGAGGAGGCCUGCGGGAAUCUCACCCUACAGCAGCACAUGCUGGAGCCCGUCCAGAGGAUCCCCCGGUACGAGCUUCUGCUCAAGGGUUAUCUGCAGCGCCUGCCCCCCGGCGCCCCAGACAGCCGGGAUGCAGAGAAGUCCCUGCAGCUGAUCGCGACGGCCGCGGAGCAUUCGAACGCCGCCAUCCGCAAAACGGAACGGAUGCAUUCCUUGCUGAAGGUGUACGAGCUGCUGGGCGGGGAGGAGGACAUCGUUAGCCCCACUAACGAGCUCAUUAAGGAAGGCCACAUCCUCAAGCUGUCGGCCAAGAACGGGACCACACAUGACCGGUACCUGAUCCUGUUCAACGACCGGCUGCUCUGCUGCGUCCCCAAACUGUGGCUCCUCGGUCAGAAAUUCGGGGUCCGGGCUCGGAUCGACGUGGAGGGGAUGGAGUGUCUCUGUCCCGCAGGUGAAGGAGUCGAGUGGCAUCAACCUGCCCCGGACCUUCCUGGUGUCAGGGAAGCAGCGUUCGCUGGAGCUGCAGGCGAGGACGGAGGAAGAAAAACACGACUGGAUCCAGGCAAUUCGGGCCACGAUCCUGAAGCUGGAGCAGAUGCCGGUGGGAGCUGUCCCCCGGGAAGAGGAGGAGCCCUGGGCUGGAUUGCUGGGCCGGGAGCUGGGCCGCCGGGCGCCGACGCCGAUCCGGGAGAACGAGGUGACGCUCUGCAUGCAGUGCCAGGAGCCCUUCGCCGCCCUCACCAAACGCCGCCACCACUGCCGGGCCUGCGGGCGCGUGGUCUGCGGGAAAUGCUCCGAGUUCCGGGCCCGGCUGCUUUACGACAACAACCGGCCCAACCGGGUGUGUGGGGGCUGCUUCGCCGCGCUGCACGGCCCCCCCGGGCCUCCCGGCCCCCCCCCGCGCCGCCGCUCCAUCCUCGAGAAGCAGGCGUCGGAGGUGGCCGAGCGCAGCGUCGUCUGCAGCUCCCUGCACUACAUGGAGCCGGGCGCCAAGGCCUGGCACAAAGGCUGGUUCGUUGUCCCAGAGAGCGAGCCCCUGGUGCUGUACGUCUAUGGGGCCCCCCAGGAUGUGAAGGCCCAGCGCAGCCUCCCGCUGAUCGGCUUCGAGGUGUCGGCCCCGCAGCCGGGGGUGCGGCUCGACCGGCGUCACUCGUUCGCCAUCCGCCAGAGCCAGCUGUGCUGGCAGUUCAGCGCCGAGUCGGAGGGGCUGCAGCGGCGCUGGAUGGAGGCGCUGAGCCGGGCCGGGCGGGGGGAGCCGGCAGCCGCCCCCGGGCCCCUCCCCGAGGGGACCUGACGGCGCCGGGGGGCUGGCCUGGACCCGACCCCCCCACAACAAACGAUACUUGAACUGUCCUCAGGCACUUUGAACUCACCUCCCCACACAAGUGCUGGCCUAGCUGUUAACCCCCCCUUUGGUGUAACCCCCCCUUUGUUCAGCUGUGAUCUGCCCCCCCCCCCCCCGGGAUCGACAUGCUGGCUCACUCCCGUCCUGUCCCCUCGGCUCACGCGGCGCUCCAGGGACAGACACUCGCUUCGCAGACGACCAUUUUAUUGUUGCUGACAUGCAGUGGCUGGCCACUAGGGGGUGGCCUCCCAUCCAAGGGGCCACCCCAACUCUCCCCCCCCAGAAGAUUGGGGGGGGCCCGGAUUUUCUAGAGCUCUUGGGAGCCAGGCGUUGUUGUUAAAGCUCCAUCAGCCGAUUUCUUAAUAAAGGUUUUGUUUUGUU